UUGUCCGCAUUCAUUUCUUUUCAUUUUACUAUAUUUCAAAAACAUAAUGCCUUAAAAUAUCUCCCAAAAAGAAAUAAACUUGCAAGCAUCUGCUUCCGCAAACCCAGAGAUCGCUGAAAGCCACAAAUAAGUCGUGAAUUCAGCGUAAAAAAAGCAAAAAUUUGCCACAUAUCUGAGUAAUUCGUCGUAAAUUUUGAUCUGGGCAAUUUUAUUGCAGCAAUUGUUUGUUGAAUUCCUUUGUAGUCGUUAAGAUGGCAAGAGGCUUUUAAAAUGUCAGUUCAAGAUGAAAGGGUUUGCCCACUAAGCAGUGACAUAUUCUAUGAUAUAUUGAGGCGUCUUGAUGGGGUAACAUUGGCUAGUGCAGCAUGCACCUGUGCAGCGUUCUCCUCUAUCUCAAAAGAGGAGAGGAUAUGGGAAAAUGUUUGCUAUUCCUUGUGGCCUUCAACCAACGAGAAUGACGUGAGGAACUUGAUUAGAUCAAUGGGUGGCUUCAGAAAGUUCUAUGCUGACUGUUUUCCUCUUAUUGUUAAUAAAGAUCUGGCUUUGGUUCCGUUAGAUUCGUUUCUGGAGUACCCUGAAGAAUGGUGUGAAGCCGACUAUUUUGAAGAUUAUGAUGAAUAUAAUAGCAUCACACCGUCUGAUUUUGUUUCUCUUGUUGAUAUAACAUAUAAGGACAGGCCUAUUUUCUCAAAAGUCCUUUGGGGUAUUUCUGAGUCAGAUGUCAUUGGCCGUUGGUUCUAUAAUUCACCAUUCCACAUUGAUUUUGGCAAUUUGGAUGUCAAUGACAACAUGCGAGAAGUGAUCAUUUCAGGAGCAGAUGGUCUGCCUCUUGUUGAAUCAGUAGAUAUUGAAAGAAAGGAAGGAAAGCUCUGGGUGGAGCUCCAGGAUAGAUUAAGACUUAGUUGGAUUAUAGUAAAUACAAAAGUUAUGCGAGCUGUCAAUAUAUCAAGCUUGAUUCCACUAGGGGUUCAGAGGCAUUGGCCGAGCGACACAGAUUUUCUAGUACAAUUUGGGUCAGUUCUAUCUGCAGAAGAAAUCCUGCCCUGUCAAGUUGUAGAAUGCAUCCUUUUAGCGAAAUUCAGAAUGCUAAAUGACACUGCUAGUGGAUGUGUAAACCUUGAGUUGACCCAAGUGAGCAUGCAAUUGGAAGACAUGGAAGGUUUUCAUGUUAAUGGAAGAAACAGUUUGAUGGUGCUCAAAAAGGCGUUAAGCUGCAGGAAGAGCAGGAACUACAGUGAAGUUAUCGAGUCUUGUAAUUUGUAUUCUCGAGUUCGAAGUGAAAUAAAGGAGGAGAAGAUGCGAAAUGAAAGCCGGAUUGAUAAAAUGUGUAUCUUAAGUGGCAUUAUAGCUGCUGUUACUUUCUGGUUUUGCAUCCUGUGAACUCAGCUGUAAACCCUUUUGUGUAAUUAUCGUUUUGCUUGAAAUUUUACCGAAUAUAUAUGAUGAGUUUCUUGA